GUCCCAGAAGACAUUGCAUCACAAACUGCACGCGCGAACUAUGUACAUUUUAGUUUAGUUUAGUUUGAAUCUGAGCGAAUUAAACUCCACUGCCGCAUAAAGUGAAUCUAAAGGCACCAGUAAUGACCACAGGCAAUGACUCAUCAGUUCUUAAAGAUGUUGUUGCCUAUGUUGAUGUUUGGUCAUCAGACAAAACCGCAAACUAUUCCAAACCAUUUGUUCAGCAGCUGCAGGAAAUGGGAGCUCAGGUACCAAAAACAUUAAAUAAACAAGUCACACAUGUAGUCUUCAACAACGGCCACCCGGCUACAUGGAGAAAUGCAAAGAAAAGUGAUGUGAGGCUCGUCUCUGUUCUCUGGGUCGGCAGAUGUUACGAUGACGGUGUGCGUGCGGAUGAGACGUUGUAUCCAGCCUUUAAUGAUGAAAGCAAUCCCGUGUUGAAGAACAAGAGACAUCGUUGCAUGCAGCCAAAAGAUUCUCCAGAGAGGACACCCGAGAACGACACACGCAUGAAGAAAAAAUUAGACAAGUUGAUGAAAAAUAUUGCUCCAAGACAACCUCUGGAAAUAGAUUGUUCGCCCAUAAUAAUUGAUCACGAGAAUGGAAUAGUCUAUAGCCCUGCACUGAAAAGAUCUGACUAUAUGGCACAGCGUUUGAAAGACAUGAAAGAGAAACGGGAAAACAUCUCACCCACAGCUUCACAAACUGUUGAAUCCUGCCCACCAUCUGAGCUGAAGCCGUCUCUUGGAAGCACACCAACCGUCUUCAAAUUCACGUGUGACCUGUCUGAUGAUGAGCCUGCUUACUCGCCUGAUAAGGAAGAAGGGAGAACACGCAUAGAGGUUACUGACCAUGACCAUCUUGAACAACGCCAACGCCAUCAUGUGCUGAAGCGGAUUAUAAGUCCUGUGAAAUGUCCUGACUUCGAGGACAAAAAAGGGACUAGCCAAAAAAAGCCAACAGAGAAAUACAAACCGGGAGUGAAAUCUGCUGACAGCAAGAACUCUCAUAAAGAAACAAGGCCAUCAGAGAUUAAACCACCUAGUCCUUCACCUAACAAAUCUGAAAAGGGAAAGCAAAAUGUCAAAUCAUCCAAAUCUUUUACAGAGACUAAAACCCCCUUAUGUUCUGAUGCUCCAAUCUCUUCUAGUUCCCUCUCCGCACCAACUAAAUCAGAUAAUGCUGCACUUGAACUGUCAAAAGAAACUCUUACUUCGUUACAGAAAAUACCCAAACGAACCAGACCGUCAUUUUCUUCGUUGGUACGAUCUUUCUCUCCAUUCAGUGAGUCUAAAAAUGUUGCCUCAGCUUCCACUGAUAGAGAUGAUGAUGAUGUGUUUGAGGACUAUUUCUCCUCAGCUAACCACCAUCAGAGAUCACAAAGCCGUGCUUUGCCUAAUCUACCUGUAAAGAGAGACAUUCAGCUUCCCUUUGAAUUGGACUCUGUCCCAAAUAAGAGAAAACAAAGACGUAGUGUAGGCCUUGGAUCUGAAAUGAACAGUAAAAAGAAGAUGAAACUGGAAAAAAGUCUUCCGUCUGUUGCAAGCAGUAAGCCUCAAAGCCCCCCACAACAGGAUGUUAAAGAGUCUCUGCCUGCAUUGGAGGGUCCAAGUUGUGAUGUAAAACUAUUGGCUAAAAAACGAAGACAAAGCACCUUGCCUUUUACAAGCAGCAACACAACGACAAGGGAUGCAGGGAAACAGAGAAGAGCAGCUUUAUUUGUACAACCAACAACCUCAACAGAUGCUCACACAAUACCAGCGCUGCAGAAAGACUCUGAGGUCAAUGCCCUUCCUCAUACCUUGGAAAACGCAGGUAGAGGAAAUGAACGUACAGUUGCAGCUGUCUUAACAAAGAUCCCCCCCGAAGACAAAGAAGAGACUCACAAUGAGCAAGUCAGCUUAAGUGUCCAAAACAUGGUUAACAACACAAAGGCUAUGAGAACUUUGGUUAUGACAAGCAUGUCCACUGAGAAGCAGCAGACAUUGGCUCAGGUGGUGAGUACACUCGGUGGUUUUUCAAUUGUUGACCGAGUUAGUGAGAGCACCACUCAUGUGGUGUCGGGGGGUCACCGGCGGACCCUCAAUAUUCUGUUGGGCAUAGCUCGAGGCUGCUGGAUCCUGUCUUUUGAAUGGAUCCUCUGGUGUUUGGAGCAAAGGCAGUGGAUUCCAGAGGAACCGUAUGAACUUUCAGAACAAUUUCCAGCUGCACAGAUCUGUCGUCUCCAGAGGCACCUGUCGGCCGGGGAGCACCAGCAGGAUCUGUUCCAGGACCAGCCCGCCAUGUUUGUGUCCCAGCACUCGCAGCCACCCACCCAGAGUCUGGAGGAGCUGAUCGAGCUCUGUGGAGGGACGGUGUGCAAAACUGUGCGGCAGGCGGGCAUCUGCAUCGGGAAGUACAGCGGCAGGAAACCAGAGGGAAGCAGGGUCCUGUCAGAGCAGUGGGUGCUGGAUAGUAUCAUGCAUUUGAAGCGGCUGUCAUACGAUAACUACGACUUGGAGUGAAAGCUGUGAAGUUUAUUUUGAGUGCUUUUAAUGUUAGACAGUGCCUGGUAACAUACCCACAAUUUCUGCCUUACAUUGUUUUUGCCUGCUUGUGUUCAAGGGCCAGGUCCUCUCAAUAUUCAGCUUUUAUACAAUUUUAUUCACUGGUUAGGUUACCAUGGAAACCUGUUACCUCUGAGGAAUAUCAACCCUUCAAGAUACUGUGAAGCAUCGAAAACUGCACCGACAUCAAUCCUUCAUUAUUUUCCUUUUUUCAUGAAGUAGUAACCACUACUGAAAUUGUUUUUCAUUCUUAACAAUGUGAUUCUAAAAUACUUGCUGACCCAGUUUAACAGUCUUAUGAAAUAACAUACUGUAACAUAAAAAUGUUUGUGUCUUAAUAAAUUCUUUAUCAAAA